AUGGCAGCCUAUGGCCAGACGCAGUACAGCACGGGGAUCCAGCAGGCUGCUCCCUACACAGCCUACCCACCCCCGGCACAAACCUAUGGAAUCCCUUCUUACAGCACAGCCGGAAUCUAUCAAGGAGCAAAUGGACUGACCAACGCGGCUGGAUUCGGGAGUGUGCACCAGGACUAUACUUCCUACGCCGGCUUCCCUCAGAGCCAGUACUCCCAGUAUUACAGCUCAUCCUACAACCCUCCUUAUGUCCCGGCCAGCAGCAUCUGCCCUUCCCCCCUCUCCACGUCCACCUACGUCCUCCAGGAGGCAUCUCACAAUGUCCCCAACCAGAGUCCCGAGUCACUUGCUGGUGAAUAUAGCACACAUAAUGGACCGUCCACGCCGGCAAAAGAGGGAGACGCAGACAGGCCCCACCGGGCCUCUGACGGGAAGCUCCGAGGCCGCUCCAAGCGGAACAGCGACCCCUCCCCUGCUGGGGACAACGAGAUCGAGGACACUACGACAUCCGUGCGCAUCGGCCUGAUGAUGGAAGAAAUGAUCUUCAACCUGGCGGAUACCCAUCUGUUCUUUAAUGACCUGGAGGACUGUGACCAGAUCCACGUCGACGACGUCUCAUCAGAUGACAAUGGCCAAGAUUUAAGCACGUAUAACUUCUCCGCAGACGGCUUCCACAGUUCGGCCCCAGGAGCCAAUCUCUGCCUGGGCUCCGGUGUCCAUGGCGGCGUGGACUGGAUGAGGAAGCUGGCCUUUCGCUACCGGCGGGUGAAGGAGAUGUACAACACCUAUAAGAACAACGUGGGUGGCUUGAUAGGUGCUCCCAAAAGAGAGACCUGGCUACAGCUCAGAGCCGAACUGGAAGCACUGACCGACCUCUGGCUGACCCACUCCCUGAAGGCACUAAACCUCAUCAAUUCCCGGCCCAACUGUGUCAAUGUGCUGGUCACCACUACUCAACUAAUUCCUGCCCUGGCCAAAGUCCUGCUAUAUGGACUGGGCUCCGUGUUUCCUAUUGAGAACAUCUACAGUGCAACCAAGACAGGGAAAGAAAGCUGCUUUGAGCGCAUAAUGCAGAGAUUUGGCCGCAAAGCCGUGUACAUCGUAAUUGGUGAUGGUGCGGAAGAGGAGCAAGGGGCAAAGAAGCACAACAUGCCUUUCUGGCGGAUAUCCUGCCACGCGGACCUGGAGGCACUGAGGCACGCCCUGGAGCUGGAGUAUUUAUAGCAGAGCCAGCGGCAUCUCCACCGGCAUCACAGAUGCAUCGCGCCCCCC